GCGUUUGCAGGCGGUCGUUUGUGUAGUGGCUAGUGAGACAUGUGUAACAGUGACCAACCUCCGCGCCAAUAGCGCAUUCUGAUCUCAACUCAACUGAAACCGGUGCACCAUUUCUUAUAUGCAUUCACUAUAUAUAAGUACAUUAUAAUCACAGCUUACGUAAACGGCGGCGGCGGCGGCGCGACAGCGUGUGGCGGCACUGAUGGCGCCAGCACUGCUCGUCGCGCUGCUCGCCGCGCUUCUUUCGCCCUCUACACAAAAAAGCGGCGUGGAUUGGGAAACGGCGACUUCCAGCUUCGGCGUAGGUCAAUUGCGGAUAGGAGACCCGAGUGAAGCUGAAGCAGCAGCAGCGGAGGCUGCUCUAGCAGCGGAGAAUGCACCCGCGUGGCGUGAGCUAUGGCAAGCUUCGUUGGAAGCCUUGCGGCGUGAGCCUGAGCUUAAUGCCACAGCCGAAACAGUACGCGCACAACUUGGCUCUGUAGCUUUUUUGCACUGCCCGGUGCGACACCUCGCUGAACGACAGGUGUCUUGGGUGCGUCGACGUGACUGGCACAUCAUUAGCUCCGGUGCGUUUGUGUACACCAACGACGAGCGUUUUCAGGUGCUGCAUCGCGAAGGUUCGGAGGACUGGGUGCUGCAGAUCAAAUACGUACAAAAGCGAGAUAAUGGCACGUAUGAAUGCCAGGUUUCAUCCAGCAGCGGUGCACUGUCGCGGCAGGUGCAUCUUCAAGUGGUGGUGCCCGAGGCACUGAUUUUGGGAGCGGAGGAGCUGCAUGUAGAUUCAGGUUCGGCAGUGCGGCUUGUGUGCCUCAUCGAAAAUAGCCCCGAGCCGCCGCAGUACGUGUUUUGGUACCACAACGCCAGAAUGAUUAACUAUGACGCAGCGCGUGGCGUAUCAGUACAAACGGCCGCAGCAACACGUGGUGCGCGUACGCAAUCAUCGCUCAGUGUACACCGCGCGCGUCCCGAUCACUCUGGCAAUUACUCCUGUCGGGCGCCCAAUGCCGAGCCCGCUCACAUCUACCUCUAUGUCUCCGAAGGCAGUGACAAAAUGGCAGCGACACUGUCUCGCAGUGCGGCUGCUACUAACUACAGCGAAACCACACUUGCCGUACUAUUGUGCGUCGCAGUUGCAGCAGUGCUCGGUUGCCCGAAACGACUUCACCGUUGCUAGUGAAAGUGUUGAAAGUCUAUCGUUAACGUACUAAUUAUUAUUACAUAAAUCAUGAACAAAAUUCUAUAGAAAGAAGAUUGAUCGACUCGAUCGUGAACUUGUGAACUUUUUAAGGAUUUAAUACGUAAUGUAAUAAUUAUUGCUCAAAGUUAAUUUUUGUUGGUAUUAUAUAUUAACAAAGUAGGUUAUAAAAACUUGUAUAUUUAAUUUAUUAUAGUGACGAUCUCGUAGUUCUAUAAAGUUCGAUUUAUUUCUCACAGAUUUAUCUUAAUGAAAGUUGACAAAUUCGUUCAGCUCCAAUAAAUCUUUAUACCAAAAUGUAUCAAUAUCAGUUAAGCGGCAAAUAUCAGGUAACUUUUAUUAUGAUUUUAUAUAGAUAUAUAUAAUUAUCUAUAUUGUGUAUAACUUAUCACCACAUAUAUGAUAUAACCUUUGGUUUUGGAUCUCUCUUAAUAUUACGUACUUAUUCUUAUUGACAUUUGAUAUUGUAUAAGUACUCUUAAUAUUGUAAUUAUAACGUUAGAUCAACCUAAACAAAAAAGAUUCAAACACAAUAUAAAGUCAUGGUCGAAUUUCAUGUUGAGAGUGACUUGCAAAACUAUAGAUUCAUUCUUUACCUAUACUUGAUCUCUACAAUAAUUUCACUUUAUUCUCAGCCCAGAUGUCAAGAACAGUCGUAUGACCGUAUGACCGUAUUGUUAUAUUACCUGAGAUUUACGAAAAAUAUUAAAAUAAUUCUGUUAUCUUGGCAUUGCCAUGAAUUAGGGACUUAAUAUUAUUAUAUUCAAAGGUACAAAUGUUUUCGUAUAUUUUAUUAUAUUGUUAUUUCAAAUUCUAUGUACAUAAAAUGAUAAUUCUGUAAAGUAAGCGUAAAGUCUGAGUUAUAAAAUAUAUCUAGUCUUUCCAAUACUAGUAAAUGUUUUCACCUUCU